ACCAUCUUCACACCAUCACCAACACAACUUACUUCUUUUGAAGCUGAGAAAAUGAAGAUCAACUCGUGUUUCGCUUUUGCAUUUCUUCUUCUUCUCGUCUCCUACGCUUUGGCCGUAGAGGCAUCGCAGCAUGAGACCAUGAGUCAGAAAGCAAAAGCAGUUAGGGAUAAGGUAGAACCAGCAGAUCAUGGUGGAGGAAGCUGGAAUGGCGGUGGCUGCCAUGGUCCUGGCUGCGGUGGUGGCGGUGGCCAUAAUUGUUAUCAUGGAUGCUGUAACCAUGGAUAUCACGGUUGUAAUGAAUGUUGCCACUCAGCAGAAGAAGCCAAAGCCUUCGCCGAAAAACAAGCGCAACCCUAGAGAUCCUGAGUGAUAUGUAGUGCGAGAACGAAUCCAUGUAUUUUAGUAGACUAUGAAUAAAACAAUACAUGGUUAUGUAAUACAAGUACUAUGAAUAAAAAUGAAACGGAAAAGCUAUCUUUUUCCGCCUUAGUGUUAUAUAA